AUGUCUCCCGCAGCCGCCCCCAGCAAUGCUCGGUUCAAAGACAAGGAAAAACCCCGUGAGGUUCGUCGCUCCAACAUACUAGCAGCAAAGGCUGUUGCGGAUGCAAUUCGUACGUCGUUAGGUCCAAAAGGAAUGGAUAAAAUGAUCAAAACCAAGUCUGGUGACAUCAUCAUUUCCAAUGAUGGAGCCACGAUUUUGAAACAUAUGGCGGUUUUACACCCUGCUGCGCGUUUAUUGGUGGAUGUGAGUGCCGCUCAGGACGUGGAGGCUGGAGAUGGUACCACAUCAGUUGCAAUUAUUACCGGAGCAUUUUUGGGAGCUGCUGAAAAAUUAUUGAAUAAAGGUAUUCAUCCCACUUUAAUUGCCGAAUCUUUCCAGAGAGCUGCUGCCCGGGCGUCGGAGAUCCUCCUUGACAUGUCACACAAGAUCGAUUUGAACGAUAAGGAAGCAUUGAUUAGAGCAGCACUGACUUCGCUUUCAUCCAAAAUCGUGUCUCAGCAUACUUCUCUUCUCUCACCUUUGGCGGUGGACUCGGUGUUGAAAGUGGUCAACGAAGAACGCAAUAACGUAGACUUGAACGACAUCAGGCUCAUCAAAAAAGUGGGUGGAACCAUCGAAGAUACCGAACUUAUCAACGGGGUGGUUUUGACACAAAAUGUGGUUAAAAAUGCCGGUGGACCUACCCACGUCGAAAAGGCUAAAAUUGGGCUCAUUCAGUUUCAAAUCUCGCCUCCUAAACCAGACAUGGAGAACAACGUCGUGGUCAACGACUAUCGUCAAAUGGACAAGAUUCUCAAGGAAGAACGAGCAUACCUCCUCAACAUGUGUAAGAAAAUCAAGCGGUCCAAAUGUAAUGUGUUGUUGAUCCAAAAGUCUAUUUUGAGAGACGCCGUCAAUGAUCUUGCUCUCCACUUUUUAUCUAAGCUUAAUAUCAUGGUGAUCAAGGACAUUGAAAGAGAUGAAAUCGAGUUUUUAUCCAAAGCCACCGGCUGCAAACCGGUUGCAGACAUCGACAGUUUCACGGAAGACAGAUUGGGAACCGCCGACGUGGUGGAAGAAAUAGAAUCGUCCGGUUCCACCAUUGUUCGUAUUCUCGGCGUCACCUCGAAAAAUAUCAAACCCACGGUUUCUGUAGUGGUUCGAGGCGCCAACCAGUUGGUGUUGGAUGAAGCCGAGCGGUCGAUUCACGAUGCUUUGUGUGUGAUCAGAUGUUUAGUUAAAGAGAAGGCCUUGAUCGCUGGAGGUGGAGCCCCGGAAAUUGAGGUAUCAAGAGUGUUGAUGAAGGAGUCUACAAAGUUGGCGGGUGUUGAGCAUUUUGUCUACCAAGAAUUUGCAGAAGCAUUGGAAGUGGUCCCCACCACUUUGGCGGAAAAUGCUGGUAUGAACCCAAUUAACGUGGUGACAGAUUUGCGGAAUCGUCAUGAAAACGGCGAGAGAAAUGCCGGUAUCAGUGUCAGACGUUCGGGAACUUCCAACACGUUUGACGAGCAUGUGUUGCAGCCGGUGUUGGUGACUCAAAGUGCCAUCACGUUGGCGAGUGAGUGUGUCAAGUCGAUCUUGCGUAUUGAUGAUAUCGCAAUAAGUAGGUGA